UGAGCCCGCAUCACCAGUUUGAUAAAAAAAAAAAAAAAAAGAAGUGACAGAGAAGAGAUCCGGAUCCAUCGAAACAGCAAUUUUGGCAGCCCACAGUACCCGGAUCAAACUGCCCCGAGUUCCCUCCAAACCCUUUCUUGCACAAGGAAGAGAAGCUUUCAAAGCGACACAGAGAGAUGGAUCCGAAACUCACAGAGGUUUCGCAGCUAUUCGAGAGAUUCAAGGCCGCUUUUAUUCGGAACGAUUUCGAUACUUGUUCCAAACUCCUGUCUCAGCUCAAGGUCUUGCUGACAGAGUUUAGAAGCCUUCCACCAUUGUUUGAAGAAACUCCCAAUGCAGUUCAUGAGUUGACAUUAGCCAGGGAUAUAUAUGAGCGUGCAGUUGUUUUGAGUGUGAAGAUUGAGGACCAGGAUGCCUUUGAAAGGGAUUUUUUCCAGUUGAAACCUUACUAUACAGAUGCACAUGGCCGCCUUCCACCAUCUCCUCAGGAGUAUCCUAUCUUAGGUCUCAACCUUUUGAGACUCCUUGUGCAGAAUAGAAUUGCUGAAUUCCACACUGAAUUGGAAUUGCUUUCAGCCAGUGCUAUGGAGAAUAAUUGUAUUAAGCAUGCUGUAGAACUGGAGCAAUCGUUUAUGGAGGGGGCUUACAACCGUGUCUUGAGUGCGAGACAGACUGUACCCCAUGAAACUUACGUUUAUUUCAUGGAUCUGUUGGCAAAGACAGUCAGAGGUGAAAUAGCUGGAUGCAGCGAAAAGGCCUACGAUUCACUUUCAAUUAAUGAUGCCCGGAAAAUAUUGUUCUCUUUAGACAAAGAACUUUUUGAAUAUGUCAAAGAGGAACAUCCUGAGUGGGAGAUAAAGAACGGGUUUGUGAUUUUCCAAAAGGCAAAAGAAUCUGCACCUUGCAAGGAGAUACCAUCUCUGCAACUCAUCAAUCAGACACUCAGUUAUGCAAGAGAGUUGGAGCGGAUAGUGUGAAAGAUUGUUGUCAAUGCUACUACCAUUCUAUGGUCCAACCUCCUGAUGCCAAACUUGUGUUUUGCUGAAUUAUUUCCUAGUGCUAGGAUCACUUUUUGUAGUUAAAUUUGUUGACUGUUCGCAGUGUGCAUUCAGAACAUUUUGUUUUGGCUUCCCCUCAAUUGAGUACUUGAUUUCUUUUUCUUUCUUAUCAUUUACGGAACACAAUUUAUCUUAAUUGCAAUCUUGUGUAAAGAGAACAAGAAAAUUAAACUGAAUGGCUGAUUGUAUUAAGAAUCCUCUCUCUCUCUCUCACUAUGUAUGUAGCACAUUGUCAAA